CAAAAGCAGACAGAAGCAAAGGCAGGGACUGAGCCACACGCACUCAGCAGCAUACAAACUCACUUGCUGCUCUCUAUCCUGACGCUUGCAGAGGCUUCCUGUCUCGAUGAAUGGUGAGGCUCAGUGGACCAAUGGGAGGGCAGUGGUGAGGAUGCAACAGUGAUCCAGGAAAAAACAGCCCAUUGUUCCUGGGACGUUGGAGAAGUGUGACCUCCCUCCUGCAGGCUUUGGCUGCUCGGCUUUACGGCACACUGAAGGGCCCGGUACCCCAUUGACAGGUCAGCAUGAGUGGGGGAGUCAAUGUGAAGUCGGCCCCCCGGGCUCCUCCCUCGUCAGGAAUCCCCCUCCAACACACCCUGUUGCCCUCCUCCCCCAAAGCAGACACCCGCCGCCGGGCUAGUGACCUGCCCAGGCCGUCAACACAGACCCCUAAACACACGCCCACACACACUCCCACACACACACCCAUGCAGUCUCCUUUACUUUGCCCACGGAGCUCCAGCAUCCCCGGGCCUUCCUCCAGGGACCCGAAGAGAGACGCCAGCCUGAAGAGUCAGCUCUUCCAGCGCAUGGGAGCCCUACCUGCUCCCCAGGUGUCCCGCUCUGCCUACAGCAGCCCGUUAACCCAGCGCAGGGUACCGCCGCCCCACUCCAAAGACACACUGGAUCUGGGAAAACCUGCCCCGCCUCACUUCCCCUCACAGUUUCCACAUAACGGCAAUCGCAACAGAAACACCCUCACCAAUAAGAACCAAACAUGGGGAAGCAGCAACCUGCGUCCUCCGCUCCAGUUCAGGAGAGGAGACAACUCCAACGCUGCAUCCCAGGCAACGGGUGAGGUCACGCCACAAAGAGACGAAGAUCCUCCAGGAAACCGACCAGCCCAGUCCACCAUGUCAAACAACGGUAACCUCCGCCCCUCUCUUGCUCAAAUGAGCUUCGAGCACGCCAUCAGAGGUCGCAGUGACUCCACCAGCCAAUCAGACGAGGAGAUGGGCACCCCCGAGGACAGCAGUCCGGCCUCCUCUCCCUGUCCCCUGCCACUGUCACCGAUCAUAUUCAAAAUGCCAAUAAUGUCCAGGGUGGCUGUCGGUGUGCUGGAUCAAAGCCUGGACGAGGAGGCUGCGUCCACAGAGACGCACACACCCAGAGUCAACAUGGCUACUGUGGCUCCCUUCAGCUACAGGCUGCAUGCACAGGAGAGCGAUUUUUCAGUGGACGAACUGAGUGACUGCUCAUCUGGAUCCAUAGAAGUCUGCUGCGAUGACCUAACACUAGGAGGGAUGCUGGAGGCUAAUGUGGCUAACAUUAGCAUGACGGCCAAGCCCAGAGAGAUGGACCUGAGGUCUGCUGCUGUCUCCUGCCAGGAAACUUCAGCCCAGGCCAUGGCCUCUAGGAAGCCCCUGGCCAAGCCCUCUGCUCUGCCCCAGGGACCUUCACGUCCCUCCAGGUCAGAGCUCAAGGUCUACCGGCCCUCCUCUGGAUCUAUCCCAAUCCCCAGUCCGUCCGGUCUCCGUAAGCAGCGAUCGCUUAACAACUUGUGUGUGCUCACUGAUGCUGAGAAGAAGCUGCACCUGUAUCAAUCUCCCCGUUGGAACGAUGAUACAAACCGGCCCGGCACUGGCACCAGCAAGCCAGGCCCGACUAAGACAGUUCAGGCCGGGGGUGGGAAACCACAACUUUCCCGGACCCUUUCAAAGUCAGAACAGUCUCUUUUCCAGGGUAAGCCCAAAUCUUUCUGCACCCCGUCUGUAACCUCUAACGGCAGCAAGCCGAGUCGAAUCCCCGCCCCUGGUAAACCGCGUGGACCUUAUGCUGAGGUCAAGCCCACCAGCAAGGCCUCUGAGGCAGGCCAGAGUGCAGACACAGACCCUGCAGACCACCCCACUAAGGCUGGGAAUACUGGGACUAAUGGCAAGAAACUAGGGGAGAAGGGUCGACCUGCAGCUCUGCCAACAGAGGAGAAGAAAGAGAGGAAGGGUAUAGAGGGAGAAGACGAUAAGAGCUUUCUGAAGGUGGACCCGGAGUUAGUGGUGACGGUUCUGGGAGACCUGGAGCAGCUGCUCUUCAGCCAAAUGCUUGACCCGGAGUCCCAGAGGAAGAGGACCGUGCAAAAUGUUCUUGACCUUCGACAGAACCUGGAGGAAACCAUGACCAGCCUGAGAGGGGUGCAGCUCAGCCACAGCUGUGUGGAGGGGACCAUGUGCUACGACAGCGAUGAAGCUGCUGCGUUCUCAAUUUCCAGUCUAUCAAACCGCUCCUCUCCAUUGUCAUGGCGCCAGGGUCAAGCCAGCCCCCGUCUGCAGGCUGGUGAAGCUCCGUCCACAGUUAACACCCCGUCAGACGUUCCCCUCCGGAUCAGCCACACUGCUCGUAUCCAACUCAUCGAAGCCCUCGACGACUCGGAUCCGUCCCUCCUGAAGGGAAAUUACCUCAGCAACAGAAACCUCUGCAGGAAGAGCCCAAACGAGGAGGAUGAUGAUGAUGAUGAUGAUGAAGACGAUGAUGAUAUUGAUGAUCUGGAGAAUGGUUGGGAUGAGAGCAGCUCCAUCAGCAGCGGUUUGAGUGACGGCUCAGACAACCUCAGCUCUGAAGAGUUCAACACGAGUCCCACUCUCAACUCCCUUCCUACCACUCCCAUCGGCUCCCGCAGAAACUCAGCCAUAGUGAUGCGUACGGAUGCAGAGAAGAGAUCUCUGGUGGAGAGUGGUCUGUCCUGGGACGCUGACGAUGCAAAACCCAGUCACAAGAGCCAGGGCAGCGGCGUCUAUGAUACUGGAAGUCUCAAGUCCGAAUCAGCCAAUAAAUGGAAAAAGACACGGACGCCGGGGGAGGGGCUGGAAGGAGGGAAGGGCGAACUGAAGAAACCUCAUACCCUGGGUCACGGAAAUGUGUUGAAGAAAGGAAGAAACCCACCUGUGGGAGUCACCUCCCCAAUCACACACACCUCUCAGAGUGGGCUUAAAGUGGCAGGUACAGUAAAGUCAGAUGGGAAGCCAAUGGAUAAGUCUCGGUUAGCAAUGAAGACCUCCAGCCUUCAGCGCUCCUCUUCUGAUGCCGGUAAAGACCACCGAAAUGGCACAGGUGCUGGUGAGCAACGUAAACCUCCGUCCGGCCUCGUCAGGCCCUCAACUGGUGGAAACUUUGGCUUCAAGAAGCCUAUCUCAGCUACCAAUAACGGCACACACAAUGCCAUUAUGUCCAUACCCUCUGGCUCUGCAACUGUGGGGAAGAUUCCCAAAACGUCGGGUAUUCCUGUCAAACCAGUGGCUGGUGGUGGUGGUGGUGGAGGUGGAGGACGUAAGACAAGUCUAGAUGUUUCAAACACCGACCAGAGUGGUUUUCUAUCUCCAAAUGCCAGGACGUCUCUUCAAUACCGAUCUCUGCCUCGCCCAGCAAAGACAAGCACCCUGACUCUAACCCGCCCGAGCUCAGCUCGCCCAGUGAGCACUACCAUGGACACCGGCUCGGGGCUGACCAAACCGCCCCAUGGCUCCAGGCUCAAAGAGCCCGCCUCAGGGAUUGGUUCUGGGUUGAGUAAGGCAGGUGGUCGUGGGAUCCCGAGUCCCAGUCCUGUCAAUCAGACAGACAGAGAGAAAGAGAAAGAGAGGGCCAAAGCCAAAGCUGUAGUGUCGGACUCUGAGUGUGGUGGUGGGUCUCUGAAGGGCAGCCCUGCUCAGACCCCCUCAGAGAACGGAGGGAAGCUUCAGGGGCUGAGGCCUCCCAGCAGUGGCAAAGGCAUGGAUCUGCCCUCACCUAACCCACACAGGUUAUCUGGGAUUCGCAGCCUGGCAAAGCCUCCCUCCAUGGCCCAGCUUGACAAGCUGAACUCAAACAGCCUCGAGAUGGGAAUUCAGGACUCCCUGCCACCUAAGAUUCCUCCCUACUCUAAGCUCCAGGACCUGGUCAGCUCAGCAGGCAGCACCACUGGCCCCUGCCUGACCCCCAGCCCUGCCCCUUUACUCAAUGUGAACUCUUCGUCCUGCUUCUCAAGCUCAGGAACUGGCUUGGGGCCCAGGCAGGUCUCCUCUCUCGGGGUUCAAGGGAGCGGAGGGGGCACCUCUCCCCUGCUCUACCCUCGUCUGUCUGGGCUGCAUCGCAGCAUGGAGUCGCUGCCGCUCCAGAUGAGUCUAGCCCCAGAGCCCCAGGGGAGGGAGAAGGUGCGGGAGAGGGAGCAUUUGGUGAGAGGCUACACCACCUUAGAGUCCCGGCACAAAGAUAGACAGGAAGACAGAGGCCCUCCUGCCAGCUGGAGCUCUGGAAGUAAAGUCUCAUUGUCUCUCACAGACAGUUCUCAGAGAGACAGAAACACGCUGCCAAAGAAAGGUUUAAGUUGUGCCUCCCAGGUUGAGGAGGAAGUGAAGGAGAAAGGAGACAGGAGACACUCUCAUAAUCUUCUCAGUAUGACCGAUUCACUCACUCUUCCACUGCUGUCCUCACCCACCUCUCUGCCCCGCACCUCGAAGACCAAUAUGGUACCCAGCCCUGUCGGCGGGCCUCCGAGGAUGAUUCGAUCCAACAGCAUCCCAACACACGAUGCCUCUCUGGAGCUGUAUGGAGCGUCUCCGCUCGGCAGCACAAUGUCGCUGGCUGAACGCCCCCGCAGCAUGGGAAUGGUUCGCUCCGGAUCCUUCAGGGACAAGGAGCCCGACGAGGUUCAUGGAUCUGUACUCUCCCUGGCGUCCAAUGCCUCGUCAUGCUACUCCUCGGUGAGUGUGGGCGGCAUUCAGACUCAGGCUGAGGAAAGGAUUCAGGGAGAGCAAAUCCGUAAACUGAGGAGGGAGCUGGAAUCGUCGCAGGAGAAGGUGUCUAACCUGACGACACAGCUGACCGCCAAUGCAAAUCUGGUGGCCGCCUUUGAGCAAAGUUUGCACAUGAUGACAACUCGACUGCAGAGUCUGUCAAUAACCCAGGAACAGAAGGACACAGAGCUGGGGGAGCUGAGGGACACCAUCGAGGCUCUGAAGGUCAGGAAUGAUGAAGCCCAGGCUGUCAUACACGGAGCCUUAAACGCACCGGAUAAUAUGAGAGGUUUGGAAAUGCACCAGUUGAGCUUUCUCUUUUCUUCUGUCGCUGCACAUUUGCCUCUUUUGAUGUUGAGUUUUCUUGCUUUACCAGACAUGCAGAUUCGACGUCAGAACUCAUGCGAGAGCCUCUCCAGUCUCAACAGCCUGACCAGUAUGUCGAGUGUGGGCAGCUUCAAGGACCAAGAUGCUAAGAAGAAGAAGAAGAAGAGCUGGCUGCGGAGCUCCUUCAACAAGGCGUUCAGCAUUAAGAAAGGCACCAAAACAUACUCAGACAUUGAAGAAAUCGCCACCCCCGACUCCUCAGCUCCAAACUCCCCCAAAAUGCUCCAUGAAGGGGGAGAAGAAGAAGAAGAAAAUCAGCACUCAUCCCUCACAACCUCGAUCUCCGCCACCUCUUGUGUGAUCAUGGAGACUACAGACGAGGGAGACAAUGAGGAAGCAGCGGUAUCAGACUUGCGCUCAGAACUCUGGGGAAAAGAGAGAGAACUGACAGAAAUCCGACUGGAGGCCUUGAGCUCUGCACAUCAGCUGGAGAACCUCCGGGAAGCCAUGAACAGCAUGCAGUCAACGGUGGAGAACCUGAAGCAGGAGAACGACCAUUUGAAAACAGGCUCUGGUCCAACUUCUUCCACCUCCCAGCCUUCAGGUCUGUCCUCUCUCCUCGGCCCCUCACUGAGGCAGCCGAUGAGCAUGUCCCUCACCAAGUCCUUCAGCCUCAGUCUGAAUGAUUGUAAAGAUCCAGACUUGUCUCCAGUUGAAACGUUAAGUGUGUCUUCCCAGCGGGAUGAGGUGUGUGCACGAGUGCUUGUCCGCAUUGGAGAUCAAGCAGAGGACAGUAAGCAGCAGCAGGAGUUCUACCUGGGCUCAGUGCCGGUCAGUGCGAGAACUGACUGGUCCUGUCUCGACUCUCUUCUCGCUAAGAUCUUGAAGGACUACCUAAUUCAAGUGGACCCGACUGCCAGCCUGGGUCUGUCCUGUGAUUCGCUGCACAUGUAUCAGCUGACCCAGGGAGUGCAGAGGGUGAUCGGAGGGGACAAACCUCAAGCCUCACCUUAUCGUUGUCUCAGCAGUGGUUCAGCUCGAAUACUUGUCACUUUGAAAGGUCUCAGAGAGAAAUGUGUUGACUCACUGGUGUUUGAGACUCUGAUUCCUAAGCCGAUGAUGUUGCACUACAUCAGCUUGCUGCUGAAGCACAGGCGUCUGGUUCUGUCCGGACCCAGCGGGACAGGAAAAACGUACCUGGCUCAGCGUCUGGCCCACUACCUCCUGCAGCGCAGCCGGACUGACUUGUCUGAGGCCGACCAUGAGACCUGUCUCCUCGGUCGCAGCGCUGCCGUCUCCUUCAACAUGCAUCGUCAGUCGCAGAAGGAGUUGCAGUUGUAUCUGUCCGAUCUUGCAAAUCAGAUAGACAGAGAGAGUGGAGGGGAACUGCCGCUGGUCGUUAUUAUAGAUGACAUCAGUGAUUCAGCAGGCCUCACUGAGCUUGUUAACGGAGCACUCACGUGCAAGUAUCACAAAUGUCCUUACAUCAUUGGGACAACCAAUCAGCCUGCGAAGAUGACAUCUAACCACAGUCUGCACCUUAGCUUCAGGAUGGUAAUAUUCUCAAACAACGUGGAACCAGCUAACGGGUUCCUGCUGAGGUACCUGCACCGUAAAGCUGUGGAAGCCUACCAGGUGAAGGAGCAGGACUCGGCACGCCACCAGGCUCUCCUCCGCGUACUAGACUGGAUCCCUCAGCUCUGGUACCACCUCCACACUUUCCUGGAGAAACACAGCACUUCUGACUUCCUCAUAGGUCCCUGCUUCUUCCUGUCAUGCCCAGUAUCAGUGGCAGAGUUCAGGCAGUGGUUCAUUGAUCUGUGGAACCACUCCAUCAUACCGUACCUGCAGGAGGGAGCCAAAGAUGGCAUCAAGGUGCACGGGCAGAAGGCAGUGUGGGAGGAUCCAGUGGAGUGGGUGAGAGGGACUCUCCCUUGGCCCAACGCACAGCAGGACCAGUCCAGGCUCUUUCACCUACCUCCCCCCAGCAUAGGUCCAGCCAGUGAGGAGAAGAAGCUCCCCAAAGAUACACCUCCACCCAGCACGCUGGAGUCAGACCCUCUGAUGGCCAUGCUGCUGAAGCUCCAGGAGUCGGCCAACUACAUAGAGUCUCCAGAGCGGGAAGGCUGUCUGGAUCCCAGUCUGCAGGCUACACUCUGAGGAUAACAUGCGACUGUCAGUCAAGCUAUGGAACUAUGGACUCUUACUUACGACUGAUACAGCGGGUGCGGUCCCAAUGAGACUUUAAAGACUCAAUAAUUAACUUAACUGUGUGCUCAGUGAGCAGCUACAAAGCUAAAUGUAAAGGAUCUAUAGAGAGAGAGAGAGAGAGAGAGAGAGAGAGAGAGAGAGAGAGAGAGAGAGAGAGAUUAUGAACGAAGGGCUUGCUCUGCCCUGCUUUCAGAAAGACAAAUAAUGAUCCUGUCAGGGAAAGACAUUGACGUGUCUCUUCUCUGCCCUCAAUUUGUUCCGGAUGGGUUGUUGUUGAAUCUGCAAGUGCAUGGUAACUGGAAUAGUAUGAUGCAAAAAUAUUACCUAUAAUCCCAUUGAUCAAGACCCAUUCUUUUCUUUUCUUUUGGUUUUGACUGCCACAACGUUCACCACUACCUACUGGUGCUUACUGUUACUGGUUUUCUUUGAAGGCUUCAUUUCACAAAGAAAUUCACCUGAGAAGAACCUCUGAUUUUCUCAAAAGUAGGAUCCUCACUCGACACAGCCAAAAAUGCACUUUAUUUUCUACUUGUGGUAAUUGGAUUUUAGGAGGCUGUGUCAGUGACUGUGUAUUCAACCGGGAAUCAUGCAGUUCAACAGUAAUUCCUCUAGAUGGCAGCAUCUACUCCUGCCUCAGUGCUCUCCCGGUGUGCUUUGUGAUUGAUCAAAGGUGCUUGGUAGAAUAUAACACACACACUCUUUUACAGAGCUAUGAAAAAAGCCUUGAAUGUUUUUUCCUUUUCCUUUUCAGUUUAGCCAUUGUUUCAUUCAUGGAUCUAAUGUCAGAACUGUGGAGCUGUAAGAGUAACAUGCAUGGGUGAAUAAUUAAUGGAAAUAAUGAAUCGGUUUUAGGGUCAGUCUGUAAAGAAAAUCCUCGGCAGCCACUGGCUUCCUCCAGUAAUAUACCGAUACAACCACAGAAACUGACAUUGGCCCUACUCAACAUACUGUAUUGUAAAAACACAGAAAAGAAACUGCUUGUUUAUCUAGUCUGUCCAAAAGGCCUGACAUUUCUGACUGCUUGCAUAUGUUGAUGUAUCUAAAUACAUCAUAACUAUGUAUUUAGAUGUCGGUUUUAAAACACACAGAUCUCUUGUGAUAGAUGAGGAUACAGCUUUGAAAAUCUUGAUUUUGUAGGAUUUUAUACUGAGCCAUCUUCAUCACCUAACUAACAUGCCAUUAUUGACAGCGGCGUUAAACUUCUGUCGAUCAUUUCUCAUUUCUCAUCCCACAAGGGGAAGUGGAGAAUGCCAGUAAAAAAAAAAACUGCCAUCAAGUGAUAAGAAUCCUUAGAUAAAAAAAAAGGCAUUUCCUUCCUCAUUGCAUUUGCUCUUUAUAUCUUUGAUAACAUACAUUUCCUUUUCACACAUUGUUUUAAGAGUUACUGUAAGAGUAAGGGCUGCAGGUAAGAAAGGUGGAAACUCAUUUUUAAGUGGCGUCCUCCUAUUCCUUUCCUUCGUUUGUUUGCACAUAAUAUAUGUUAGAGUUUUAGAUUACAGAGAGUAUUUAUUGCUCACAUCCUGACUGUUCUUGUGAUGAAAGAAGAAAAGCAUAAAACGACGUGUAAGAGGAUGUUUAUGUAAAUAGUAAAGAUAUUCUUAAACCUCUCAGCCCUCUGCCCCUUUGACCCUUAAGUACCUCAGACUGCCAUACUCUGUCCAGAUGAUCCUCUACUUUCCAAACAGGGUGCUGGUGUAAAGUAGAGACAUGAUGCCUAAGUCUAUCUGUGCCUGAAACACUAUUUGGCCUAAAGCUGCUUUUGAGCUUUAUUCUACCACGCGGAGGCCUCGAUUUAGAGGAAACAUCAUCACUUCCUCUCACCUACUCUGAUGUCACUUUAAUGUCGUCACAUUGAUGCCAAGAUUUGGAUGGAAAGUGGGUUAUCAAUGUUGACCUUUGGCUGGUAAUCAAGGUGAUGAGCUGUUAGUUAAGAUGAUGUGUGCGUACUCUGCAAUAGAUGAGAAUGUGUAAUCAUGACUGGGUUGCGAUUUGACACCAUUUUAAACGUAAGUGUGAAAGACUUGACAUCUUUGUGGAGUUGCCUGAGAGUUAGAAGCAGUGUAAGAACAGAUAUAAGCCUGGAGAUGUAAUGACGAUGCAUGUAUCCCUGGUGUGUUCCCAAAGUUUCGUUUCAUUGGACCUACCCACACGUAACCUUAUCACAGGAGGGAUUUUUAUUAACUGGAUAGCUUCCUCUUUCCACGUUGUUUUAAGAGCAGACAUUUGUUUUUCUUAUGCAAAUAUUUGUAAAGGUUUCUUUCUCUUUUGUACAUGACAUCACUAUUGUAAACACUGUAAAUAGUCAGUGCAUCUGCGACAACAAUCACUAAAACGUGUAGAGAUCUAAGAAAAGGCAUAAAGGCAUGGCCCCUGUGUGCAGAAAGCGGUUUUAUUGUCUUCCUCCAUUGGGAAAGAGUACUUGGCUUAAGAGGGGGCCUAAUAAUGGUUGUAUGGAAUGUCUCUAUAAACACAUCAAAUCCCAUAUGUCUAACAUUGAGCAAUGGACACAAUAAAGUCAUGCCAUUCUUCACAUCA